AUGAGAGUCGCCCCUGCUCCCGGGAUGCGGUUUCUCACGGUCCUUUUCCUCGAGAUGGUUUGUUAUCGCGGUUUUAUUCUUUUCCUCACCUUCCUCUUCUACACGGCCUACCAUCUUUCACGGAAACCUAUCAGCAUUGUUAAGGGUGAGCUGCACAGAAAUUGUUCCACAGUCAUUCGGCCGGCAGACCUUAACAUAACCAAUAAUGAGACGUGGUGUGACUGGGCGCCCUUUGACCAGGACAACUACCAGACCCUGUUUGGGAUCCUGGAUAACUGCUUCCUGGUGGCCUAUGCCAUCGGCAUGUUUUUCAGUGGGAUAUUUGGAGAGCGCCUGCCUCUGCGGUAUUACCUGAGUUUUGGGAUGAUAAUGAGUGGAAUUUUCACAUGUCUGUUUGGCCUCGGCUUCUACUUGAAAAUCCACUCGAUUUAUUACUAUGCGGUCAUCCAGGUCUUCAACGGCAUCAUGCAGACCACCGGCUGGCCUGCAGUCGUGGCCUGCGUCGGCAACUGGUUUGGAAAGGGGAAGUGAG